AUGACAUCACACGGUCUCCUUGAAGUCGACUCUAUCGAGAUCAAAGUCAUCGUCGACAAUGAAGUCGACCCUAUCUCACCCGCGAAUAACCCCGCCGUGCAGUACCCCGGCUACAUGCAAGGCGUGCCUCUGGACAAGCUUCCAUCAGAUGAUACCAGGAGUGGGGCGGUCGCCGAGCUGAAGAUGGGAAACAUCUGCUGCGGCGCCCACGGGCUUUCGCUCAUGAUUACCGCCAAGAAGGGCGACACGGCCCACACGAUGCUGUUCGACACCGGCCCGGAGGAGUCGACCUGGGAGCGCAACGCCACCCGCAUCCGCGCUAACAUCGCUUCGAUCGAGCACAUACACCUGUCGCACUGGCACCGCGAUCAUUCCGGGGGCAUGCUCGAGGCCAUCCGCAUGAUAAACGCGUCCAAGAUAGAGCGAGGAGGCAACACCAGGCCGUCCAAAGUCGUCGUUGACGUGCAUCCGGACAGGCCGGGCUACAGGGGCAUGAUGACGCCCCUCGGUACGAUCGUCAGCCUGGAAGCGGACCCUGGCUUUGACGAGAUCGAGGAGGCUGGGGGAGUCCUAGCGAAGCAUGGCGACCUGCAUCCUGUGCUGGAUGGCUUCUUCCUCACGUCCGGCGCCAUCCCCCGCGUGACGCCGUACGAGGUGGGGAUCAGGGGCGGCAUGCGGUUCAGCGAAUCGGAAGGCAAAUGGGCUUCGGAUGAGGCCAUUGCGGACGAGCGAAUGGUCAUGUGUAACCUCAAGGGCAAAGGCCUUGUCGUAUUCACGGGCUGCAGCCACGCUGGUGUCAUAAACGUCUCCAAGCAUGCCAUCGAUCUUGGACAGGGCUUGCCGUUGUACGCUGUGGUCGGUGGGUUCCAUCUGUCCGACAAUCAUCCAGAGAAGCUGGAGAACUCUCUCGCAGACCUCAAGAGCCUGGAACCGAAGGUGCUCAUGCCCGGGCACUGUACUGGAUACAAGUUCAAGUUUCUCAUCGAGCAGGCUAUGCCCAGUGUAUUGGCACCGUCGUUUUGUGGCAACACGUAUACCUUGGUAUAG